AUGGCUGAGUGCUGCAGGGGGGAGCGCCGGGAGAUGGAGGCGGAGGAUCGGCGGAGUCGCGCGGUGUACAUACAGCAGCAGCAGGAAAAAGUAGAGCUGCCGCAGAUGGCCUGGGAGGACGCUUUUGGCCACUUGCUGCGGCAGCAGCAGCAGCAGAAGCAGCAGCUGCUGCUCCUGCUGCAGCGCAGCCGCCUGCUGGUCUCCCGCCUCCACGCCUGGGGCUGCAGGGCGAGGCAGCAGCUGCAGCAGCAGGCCCUUGCUGCGCUGCUGCAGUUCUCGCGAGCAGCAGCAGCAGCGCUGCAGCGGCAGCGGGCUGCUGCGCUGCUGCAGCGAGCCUGGCGGCGCCACCAGCAGCGGGAGCAGCGGCGGCGGCAGCAGCAGCAGCAGCAGCAGCAGAGGAGGCAGCAAGCUGCCUCUAAACUCGCGGCCUUGUGCGAGGGUUCUGUCUUCCCUGCCCAGCAAAGAGCCUUGCUGCUGCUGGCGAUGCAGCAGCUGCAGCAGCACGCAGCAGCCCGCAGGCGCCUUGCUGCUGCUGCAGCCACCCGCAUAGCAGCCGCGUGGAGAGCCUACGCUGCUAGGAAGACUUUCAGGCAGCAGCGGCUGCUGCUGCUGCUGCUGCUGCCGCAGAAUGAGCAGCACAGAAAACGCAUGCUGCAGCUGCAGGCUUGCUGGAGAGGGGCAGCAGCAAGACAGCGCCUCCGCCGCAGUGGCUUCCUGCUGCCCUGCGAGAAGCAGCAGCACCAGAAAGCAGCAAAGAUACAGGCUGCCUUCAGGGGCUACCGUGUGCGGCGUUUGCUGCGGGAGGCUCGGGAGGAGGCGUUGGCUCUGCAUGCAUCCCUGGACGCUGUGCUGGAGGAAGUGCAACAGCAGCAGCAGCAGCUGCAGCUGCCGCUGCUGCCGCUGCUCUCCUUUGGGGCCCUGGGGCCCCCGGGGCCCCUGGGGCCCCUAAGCCCCGUAAGGCCCCUGGGGCCCCUGGGGCCCCUAGGGCCCCCAUGGACCAUGGGCCCCACGGGGCCCCGGGGGCCCCUGGGGCCCUUGGGGCCCCUGGGGCCCCACAGCUGCAACCCUUGGCGCUCAGGCCUUCUGAGGGCCCUGAGGCUUCCCCACUCUUUCACAGACUCUGUGCGGCGCAGUCUGGGGCUGGGGGCCCCCGUAGGCCUUUACUCGGAAGCCUUGCAGCAGCAGCAACUGCAGCAGCAGCUGCGGCUACUGCAGCAGCAGCAGCAGCAGCUCUUGCUGCUGCGCAACGAGCAGCAGCCGCAGCCGCUAGCAACAAACAGAUACCACUAUCAAUGGGCCUCUAAACCCUCAGCUUCGCCGCCAGCACCACCCCGACAAGAGAAUCAGCAGCAGCAGCAGCAGCAGCAGCAGCAGCAGCAGCAGCAGCAGCAGCAGCAGCAGCAGCAGCAGCAGCAGAUCGAAGCGGCGGGUUUGGAACCACCGUUCAGCUCAUUCUUUCUCUUGCCGGCGCCAACUAUGUGCAAUUCUCUCUCUUCUAUCGAGACUAAAUCAGCUGCCUCUGCAGCAGAAGCAGCAGCAGAAGCAGCAGCAGCAGCAGCAGCAGCAAAAGUCAGCUCGCAAAAGGACCCCCCGGAUGCGUUUGUGGCUGCGGAGGGUCCCAAAAGAGCAGCAGCAGCUGAAUGUGCUGAGCUACAACCGCAUUCCUCUGCCGGGCAGCAGCAGCAGCACCAGCAGCAACAGCAGCAACAGCAGCAACAGCAGCAGCAGCAACAGCAGCAACAGCAGCAACACCAGCAGCAGCAUCAGCAGCAACCGCAGCAGCAGCAGGGACAGCAACAGCAGCACCAGCAGCAGCAGCAGCAACAGCAGCAACAGCAGCAGCAGCAGCAGGAGGGCACUGCAGAAAGCUCUGCUGCGUCCGGCGUCGCUUCUGCUGCUUCUGAGCGCCUCCAGAAUGGGUUGCAAGAGAGUGGCUCCAUGCUUGAAGACCACGACCUUCUUCCGCAGCAGAAGCAGCAGCCACAGCAGCAGCAGCAGCAGCAGCAGCAGCAGCAACAGGCGCAGCAACUGACACUGCAGCAGCAGAAACCGCAACAGGGGAUAUACGAGCAGCAACGAUUUGUAGCGCAUCCUUCACACCUGAACAAUAAUUCACAGCAGCAGCAGCAGCACCACCACCAGCAGCAGCAACAGCAGCAGCAGCAGCAGCAGCAGCAGCAGCAAGAGCAGCCAGCAUUACACUUGAAGCUGCUUCAUGGCGCUCCUGCAAAGGCAUCGCUUGCAACUGCCCCUUCCAGCUUUCCUGCCCCUCAGAAUGGCCCAGCCCAGGGGCCUGCUGCUGCUGCUGCUGCUGCUGCUGCUGCUGCUGCUGCUGCUGCUGCUGAUGCGUCCUCAGGGGCUGGGGCCCCCACUGGCAACACUGGUAUUGAUGAGCUGCAGGACAAAUACAAGAAGCACCAGAUGCAGUGGCCUGCUCAGCAGCAGCAGCAGCAGCAGCAGCAGCAGCAGCAGCAGCAACGGGCGCUGCUGCAGUUGCAGGAGAUGCAGACGCAGCAGCAGCGGCAGCAGCAACAGCAGCAGACACAGACACCCGAAGGCCUUCUGCAGCACGCACAAACGCAAAUCCCUCAGCAGCAGCCGUUGCAGCAGCGGCACCCGCUGCAGCAGCAGCAGCUGCGCAACCAGCAGCAGCUGAUGCACAAGCAGCAGCAGCAGCAGCAGCAGCAGCUGCACCAACAGCAGCAGCAGCACCAGCAGCCGCUGCAGUGGCAGCAGCUGCACCAACAGCAGCAGCACCCGCCGCACCAGCAGCAGCAGCAGCAGCCGCUGCACCAACAUCAGCUGCCGCUGCAACUGCAGUCGCUGCAGCUGCAGCAGCCGCUCCACAAGCAAGAGCCGCAGCAGCAGCAGUCGCUACAGCAGCAGUCACUGCAGCAGCAGCCGCUGCGGCAGCUGUCGCUACAGCAGCCGCAGCAGCAGCAAUCGCUACUGCAGCAGUCACUGCAGCAGCAGCCGCUGCGGCAGCUGUCGCUACAGCAGCAGCAGCAGCAGUCACUGCAGCAGCAGCCGCUGCAGCAGCUGUCGCUACAGCAGCAGCAGCAGCAGAAGUCACUACAGC